AUGUCCUGUGUGGAGGAGAUGAAUAAAGCAGGCUUUGGGGAGAGGAUGGUCCAGGGUCCCCAAAGAGCCCAGAUCCUGGGUCUGCUCUUCUCAGCACUUUGCUGUUUGAUUUUUUUUUUUUUCUUGGAUUCCAUGAGACACUUUCAUUUCCUUGAGGUAGUCUCAAUGGGUUUCUAUUCAUUGCAACCCAGUGAGUCCUGCCUGGUUAAAUCACUGACCCUGUCUGGUCCAGAGGAUCAUGAUGCGAGUUUCUACAGGAAAGGAUCCUUAGGUAAUAAGUGCAAAGUCGAGAGGGAGGCGAUGGGCGAUCAGGCCAACAUCAGAUACAGGACAAGGGAUGGCAAUUAG